AUAGGAAAUGGAACUAUCUUGGCUGUCAGUUCAACUGACUGCAUCAGGAGCAAAAUAUUGUCCUCGUAUGAUACGAUUAUGAUCUCUCUGAGUUUAUGCAGAUUCUUUUUGCAGUCCUGGAUGAUGCUGGAUUUGCUCCUAAGUCUGUUUUGCGAAACCACCUAUAAUGAAGAAAUUGUAAUUUUCAAGACAGUUUUUAUGUUUCUGAACUAUUCCAGCCUCUGGUUUGCUGCCUGGCUUAGUGUCUUCUAUUGUACCAAGGUUGCUAUUUUUACUCAGUCUUUCUUCAUCUGGCUGAAGCAAAGAAUUCCCAGUCUCGUGCUCUGGAUGCUGAUAACAUCAUCUCUUUUCUCCUUCGCAACCUCUCUUCCUUUUGCCUGGGAUAUCUACAAUGUGCAUGACAAUUUCACUGCUCCUUUAACCAUGACAAACUCUUCAGAAAGGAGAGUCACAAUGAAAGCUAGUUUGUUUUUAUUGAUUCUUCUCUGUAACAAUGGCAUAGCUUUGCCUUUAAUAGUCUUUGUUGUUUCAAGUAUCCUGCUGAUUAGGUCUCUGUGGAUACACGCCAGACAAAUGCAACAUAAUGCAACUGGCUUCAGGGAUCCCAGCCUGGAGGCCCAUAUUGGUGCCAUCAAGUCAGUCUUUUCCUCCCUUAUCCUCUAUGUUACAUAUUUUGUUUCUUUGGUUGUCAUUUUAUCCAACAUUUUUUUACCUUUAAGCUAG